GGUCGCUCUCGUUGAACGGUCGGCCUUGUUGCGCCUGCGUGAUCGGGAGGGGAAGUGAGGCGGUUUCUUCGGCGCCUUUUCCGGCGGCGGCGGCGGCAGCGGCAGCGGCAGAGCUGGGAGGAGGAGGAGGUGGAGGCCAGAGGGAGCCCGCGCUCAGGGCGGCGGCUGGAGGCGGCGCACCAAGUUCCCGCGAGGAUCAAUGACCUGACGAGGCGCCGGAGCCGCGCUGACUCUCGGGUGGCCUGGGUCGGUGAGCCCGGUGCUGGUGGACCGGCGGGCGGGCCGGAGGGCCUCGGUCUCCCGCGGCGGAGUGAGGAGAAGGCGGAGGAGCGGGAACCGCGGUGGCGCUCGCGCGGCGCUCGCGGGGGGAAGGGCAGUUCCGGGCCGGGCCGCGCCUCAGCAGGGCGGCGGCUCUCCCGGCGCAGACUCAGGGCCCCGGCGGCAGCGGCGUCUGGAGGAAUCAAGUUGUGCGGUCGGUGAUGCCCGAGUGAGUCGCGAGCCCGGGCCUCUGCCCCGAGGAGGAGGCGACUCCCACGCAGGCCGCACGGGCGCCCUCGCGGCCGGGAGGCUUCGUUUCGGUUUCGCGGCGGCUGCGGCGUUGUUGGCUGAGGGGACCCGGGACACCUGAAUGCCCCCGGCCCCGGCUCCUCCGACGCGAUGGGGAAGGUGCUAUCCAAGAUCUUCGGGAACAAGGAAAUGCGGAUCCUCAUGUUGGGCCUGGACGCGGCCGGCAAGACAACAAUCCUGUACAAGUUGAAGCUGGGCCAGUCGGUGACCACCAUCCCCACAGUGGGUUUCAACGUGGAGACGGUGACUUACAAAAACGUCAAGUUCAACGUAUGGGAUGUGGGCGGCCAGGACAAGAUCCGGCCGCUCUGGCGGCAUUACUACACCGGGACCCAGGGUCUGAUCUUCGUAGUGGACUGCGCCGACCGCGACCGCAUCGACGAGGCCCGCCAGGAGCUGCACCGCAUUAUCAAUGACCGGGAGAUGAGGGACGCCAUAAUCCUCAUCUUCGCCAACAAACAGGACCUGCCUGAUGCCAUGAAACCCCACGAGAUCCAGGAGAAACUGGGCCUGACCCGGAUUCGGGACAGGAACUGGUAUGUGCAGCCCUCCUGUGCCACCUCAGGGGAUGGACUCUAUGAGGGGCUCACAUGGUUAACCUCUAACUACAAAUCCUAAUGAGCAUUCUCCACCUAUCCCCCGGAAGGAGAGAAAUCAAAAACCCAUUCAUAGGAUUAUCGCCACCAUCACCUCUUUCAAUUGCCACUUUCUCUUCUUUUGAAUUUGAACUCUGGAGUUACUGUUCUACGGUUGGGGAGGGGGGGGUUAGGGGUUUCCUUUUUUUGUUUUUUUUUUUUUUUUCUUUUUAUAUUUUUUUUUUUUUUUUUUGCUUUGCGUUAGGAAGCUCUGAUCUGACAUUUGCCAUGAACACAAAGUGCUAGAUGCUCUUAAUGACUUCCAGCAAAUGGGAUGGGGGAAAUAUAGCAGUUUUUGGUAAAGUCCUUUAUAAUAAUGGUUUGAUUUUUUAUUUCGAGAGAAUCUUUUUUGCAAUGUAUGCUUUUUUCCUUUUUGCCCAGUUUCCUUAUCACUUGCUGUAGAUGGCUUAUUUUGCAUUCAUGCAGACUAUGUUGCAAGUCUGUUUCAUCUAGUAAACUGAAAAUUAUUGCUUAAUCAAACUGCCGUUUGUCUUUUAUAUUUAAGGCCUUUACCCCUCCCUUCUGAGUUUUACCUUUAACUUAGUAAUUUCAAAUGUGACCUUUUAGAUCUAAGACCACUGUAGUAAACUUAGCCUACAGUGGCAAAUCAUGAGUAAUAUCAUUGUAAUAUGUUCCAGUUGCACAUCAGUAUGUUAAACAGGUAAUGUAAGAAGUUUUUUGAAAUGUCAGCUAUUAAGUUCUGAAACAUACAUCAUGCAUGAGUAGGGAUAAAGCUCAAGUUCCUUAUUACAUAGCCAGCUUACACUGCAUAAAGAUACGAAAGUGUAACCCGUCAAGAACACAGGUUUUUUUUU